AUCACUAAGCAACAAUUUAUUGAAGAGACUAUUAAACGGGGAUGCCCAUUAUAAUUCUGAACUUAGUGCUCGUGAUACGCUGAACUUUCCGCAGGAAGCAGAACCAUUAACAAAAGUAAAUGCACAGCCUAUAGUCACAAUUGGGUUAACAUUUGGAUUGACAAUAGCAACUAGAAUACCAUAUGUUGCAGGUAGAUUGGAUGGUACCGGAACAUCCACUUCUGCGUUAACUGUGGUUCCAGGUGGAAGUUUCGCAGCAAAGGGAGGAGCUACAGAACCUUUAUCAUCACCAAAUUCAAAUAGAAGUACGGAAUAUUCGGUGAUUGGUGUCGUCAGCGUUCCAGUAAUAGUAAAAGUAGUAGUUUGUCCAGGAACGACAGGAUCAGGUGAGAUUGUUACAGAGAGCUCGGGUGGUGGUGUGCUAGAUACAGGACAUGGUCCAAACUCAGUAGUUCUUUAUAAAGUUGAUGUAGAAUAG